GCAGUAUGAUCUGUGAAUUGUUUUGCAUCUGCACUGACUUUAAUCUGUGUUGUCCUGGCCCCUUUCAAAGCAAGCAGGGCACAAACCUUUUUGCCAGCUUGUCCUCUCUUCCCCAAGCCAUGAUCUCCUCCUCAGCAAACCUUUCCACAUGAAUUCAACUUUAUCAGAACUUUCUAUGUUUGGAAGGCUGAUGGACACAGGGAGUUUGCUUGAUAUACUAACUGUUCAAAAGAACAGGCUCAUCGGUGGCUGAGCAGACUUAGGGGCAUGAAGUACCCGUGUAAAGUACAAGAGGGUCCCCUGCAGUUGCACAGGUCCUGUAAGCAGCCACUCAUCUUUAAACAGAGGAACCCUUUCCUCUGUGGAUAACUCCCAGUCCUCUUACACAAUGUCCCCAGAGAGGAAAAAAGGCCACCUUGAGAUGGGAAGAGAACUCACUAGUUAAACAGGAAGUUUAGUUAAAGCCAUUAGGGAAUUUCAGUGAAUGGAAGACGCUAAGACCUUGAACAUUUACAGCAGAAACCAGAAUUUAAGAAAGUAUUUUUUAGUCAGUCUGAGAACUGUACUCAAAAUACAUGAUUAAGAGAUAAGAAAAGCAAGUAGCUGAAAACUGGGAGAGCAAUGUCUACCGACCCAUGGUCAUGGAAACACAGAUGACAUACUUUAUUCUAAAUAAUAUAUUGCAGUUAGACUGAGGGUACAUGUACCCUGUUUCUCCUACCAAACCUCUAUUUGGAAACAGUGAAAUUCUAGUAAUUUAAUAGCCCAACCAAGUCCCCACACUGCAAUAAAGAAAAAAAUAAAUGCUUUUACAAUUAUUAUUAUUUCAUAAUCCCCAGGAGUUCCCCAGGAGUUCUGGAAAAUUUAGUGUGCACAGCUGUUUUAGAAACGUACUAUCAGCAGGAACCUAAAGAUAAUGAGAUUACUUUAAGCAUAAUCAGAAUUAUAGAUAGACAGAUAACGAGAUUACUUUCUGCAUAAUCAGAAUUUUUUACAUAUGCACGUGUAUGCGUGCGUGUACUCUAAAUGUGUCAGGGCUUCCUGGCUCACGAAGGCAACCCGGCAAGUCACCUGCUCUUUGCUCCUGUGUCAAGUGUAAACAGUCCCGAGGCUGGCGCGUGGGUGCGGGGGCCAGAGAUCAGCCGUGGGGAGAAAGAGGCAGGGCCAGCGGUUCCCGCAGGUAGUUUCCAGGAAAGGCUGCGGGUCUCGUUUGCUCUCCGUCCACCAGCCCAUGUCUUCUGGUGGAGGAUUCUCUCGGCAGCCGCGGAGAAGGUCCUGGAUCACGUCGCGUGGCGUGAGGACCCCUGGGUGGCUCGCACACGGACACGCAGAGUGCAGGCGGGGUGUGUGGCCGAGGCGGGUGUGCAAGCAGCAGCCUUCCAAAAAAAUGUUUUGCAAGGCCAGCGUGAAGCAGACAAAAUCUGGAGCAAAGAAGGAUUUUAUGCAGUUGUCAUAUUUCUCAGCAUCUUUGUCAUUCUAGUAACUUGUUUAAUGGUUCUGUACAGAUUAAAGGAGAAGAUCCAGUUGUCACUGAGACAAGAGAAGGAAAAGAAGCAGGAGAUCCACCUCUCACCCCUUCCCCUGCAGACGUCUCAGUCUAAGAUCACCAACAGCAUGGUCCAGCCUGAACAGGCUCCAAAGGUUGUCAAUGUUGUAGUGGACCCUCAAGGCCAAUGUGUUCCUGAACUAAAACCUCCCCUGUGUGCCAGUCCAUCUCCUUUCAGAAUGAAACCGGUGGGGCUACAGGAAAGACGAGGAUCCAAUGUCUCACUGACUUUGGAUAUGAGCAGUUUGGGAAGCGUUGAACCUUUCGUCGCUGUGCCAACCCCACGAGAAAAAGUAGCGAUGGAAUAUCUACAGUCAGCCAGCCGCAUCCUGACACGGCAGCAGCUUCGAGACGCAGUUGCAUGUUCUCAUUUACUUCAAACAGAAUUCAUGGAAAUACCAAUGAAUUUUGUGGAUCCCAAAGAAAUUGACAUCCCGAGUCAUGGAACUAAAAAUCGCUAUAAAACAAUUUUGCCAAAUCCUCUAAGCAGAGUGUAUUUGAAACCAAAAAAUCCAUCUGACUCCUUGAGUACCUACAUAAAUGCUAACUACAUUAGGGGAUAUGGAGGUAAAGAGAAGGCUUUCAUUGCAACGCAGGGGCCCAUGAUUAAUACCGUGAAUGACUUCUGGCAGAUGGUUUGGCAAGAAGACAGCCCUGUCAUUGUUAUGAUCACAAAGCUGAAAGAAAAAAAUGAGAAAUGCGUGCUUUAUUGGCCAGAAAAAAGAGGAAUCUAUGGGAAGGUUGAAGUCCUUGUUAACAGUGUGCAAGAAUGCGAGAACUAUACUGUCCGUCAGCUUACAAUAAAGCAAGGGAGUCAGUCCCGAGGUGUGAAACACUACUGGUACACAUCCUGGCCAGACCACAAAACCCCCAACAGCGCUCAGCCUCUGCUGCAGCUCAUGCUGGAUGUAGAAGAGGACAGGGUGGAAUCACCAGGCAGAGGGCCUGUCACUGUGCACUGCAGUGCUGGUAUAGGAAGAACUGGAUGUUUUAUUGCCACGGCCAUUGGUUGUCAGCAGUUGAAGGAAGAGGGGGUUGUAGAUGCAUUGAGCAUUGUCUGCCAGCUACGAGUGGAUCGGGGAGGAAUGGUUCAGACCAGCGAACAGUAUGAAUUUGUGCACCAUGCACUGAGUCUGUAUGAAAGCAGACUUUCUGCAGAAGCUGUCCAGUGAAGCCAAGGAAGGUAAAACCGGAUGUCAGUCUCUCGAGGUAAUUUUUUUCAUUACCUACCAGCAGCUUCUUCAAGGAGUUUACUGCAGUGGGAAGAGCAGCUUUGAGGCCAAUUUCUGAAAGGAUUGUGGACGGUUUGGCAAAAGUAUAGAGAUUGCUGGACCCUUACUGUAUAUGAAUGUAUUGUGAGCUUCCCAAAAAUGAUUUCUAAAGAAGGUACUGUGCUGAAACUACACAUGGAUUUCACAUAUAUAUCUAAAGGUGGGUUUAAUUCUGUAAUACUGAUAUCUGCCAUAUGGAAUGUAUGUAUGUGCUACUGCUGCAGGUGGAAGGACACUGGAACUUCUACAGAAGAAAUGUUUAUCAAGUGUAUAAAUGCUUUAACGUUUGCAAACUGUCUUGUGAAUGGACUGUCAACUGUACUGUAAAGUGCUAUUACUGAUUAUGUGGUGAGCUUGUUUCUUGGCCACAUAAUAUUCUUGCUGCUAAAAUUGCAAGUGUUCAAUUAUGGAUUAAAAAAAAGAUGAGAUAAAAAAAUUUAAAGUCUUGUUUUUGAAAAUAUUCAAAAGCAGUUUUUAUAUGGAAAUACAUGUUCCUCAUACUAUUAACUAUUAAAUGUGUAUUUACUGUAGGUCUUACGGAGCAGUUGCAGAGCACAAUGUCUGUUAUUCAGUGUGUAUGUAUUUACCCUAUACUGUUGAUUGUCUUAGAACAUGCUUCUGCUACAGACCUGAAUCCAGUGUGUUUGUAAAUUGUGUAAGUCAUUUUACUUUUAAAAGAAACUUUGUAGCAUAUAUUAAAUGGUAAGAAUUUUAAACAUUUGUCUGUCUUUUAUUAAUAUGGAAUUUUUUGCUCAUGUUGUUUAUCUGCUCUAUCUCUUUCAGUAAGAGAUAGACGCCUUUAGUGAUAUGGACUGUUCCAUGACAGGUUAUACAAGAAAGAAAAUGCUGCUAUGACUGUUUCCUUUACUGUUCAGUAAGAGUUUGUUUUUAAGAGAAAUGCGAAGUUGGUAUUAUGACUUACAGCACUGGGAGGUCUGUUUACAGGGUAUAAUGAGUUUUUAAUGCAGUGAUGUUGACUUUGCUUCAUACUGCUAAUAAAUUACACUUGAUAUAAAA